AGGAGGUUAUAAACAAAAAAACGUACACGCGCAUUUAAAACAAAAUAAUUUAAAAAAAAGAAGCAAUUAAAGUGCAAUUGGAUAGUAAUCAACAAACUACUCCCCCAUGUUAUCCGAAGCCCCCAUGGCCAGUGACAGCAUAAUGGAUGAAUUAGCAUCUUUGAUUCGCACCGAAAUACCCGAUGGCCGCCAGAGCCUACGCGAUAGCUACACAAAUCUGGAACGGGUGGCCGACUAUUGCGAAGACACCUAUUACAGGGCGGACAAUAAGAAGGCUGCUCUGGAAGCCACCAAAAAUUAUACCACUCAAUCGCUGGCCAGUGUGGCGUAUCAGAUAAACACUCUGGCCUACAGCUAUAUGCAGCUGUUGGAGCUGCAGGCUCAGCAAUUGAGUGAAAUGGAAUCGCAAAUGAAUCAUAUAGCUCAAACGGUGCAUAUUCACAAGGAGAAGGUGGCCCGACGGGAGAUUGGAGUGCUAACAGCAAACAAGGUGAGCUCCAGGCAAUUUAAGAUUGUGGCUCCCAUCAAUCCGGAGAAGCCAAUCAAAUAUCUACGCAAGCCCAUUGACUACUCCAUUCUCGAUGAGAUUGGACAUGGCAUCAAUGCGGCUUCUCAUCAAGUACGUCAAAAGCAUCGUGUGUCAUCCAGUCAUGGCUCUGUGCAAUCACUUGUGCCCAAUUCGGUGGUAGGACCGCCACCCACCACAAAGCCACCGACACCACCACAAAUGUCGCGGGCUGGAAAUACCGGAACAUUGGGUAAAUCUGUAAGCAAUACAGGAACAUUGGGCAAAAGUUCGCGCGAAUAUCGCACGCCACCGGUGGUCAAUCCGCCUCAGGUGCCUUCGCAUUAUGCUCCAAAUUAUCCCAUGGGACAUCCCAAACGUCCCAUGUCGACGGCUUCGUCUACCACCACCACAACGGGAGGUGGGGCAGCUGGAAACGAAAGGGCCGCUGGCUAUAGCGCCCUGCCCAUGCCGCCAAGCCAACAGAUUGCCACUCAUGUGAAUUUACCAUCAACAGGCAUGAUGCAAUAUGACGAAAGGAGCAGCAUGCCACCAGCUCCUCCAUCUCCUCUGACCGUGUCCCAGCAUGAGAUGACCGAACAGAGUCACAUUGGAAUGCAUACGCUGGGCAGGAAUAUUAAUAGGAAUCACUUUAGUUUGAACUUUGCUCGUCCUGGCUCACAGUCGCCACCAUUACCACCACCACCGCCUCCAGAGGAUGAGCAUCAGGAUUUCGGACGUCCACGCAAUUCAUCUGGACCCCAAUUGGCACCAAUUGUGCCAGAGGAUCAGAAUUUACCUGGCUGGGUGCCCAAGAACUACAUUGAAAAGGUGGUGGCCAUCUAUGAUUACUAUGCCGACAAGGAUGAUGAGCUAAGCUUCCAGGAGAGCUCAGUGCUGUAUGUGCUGAAGAAGAAUGAUGAUGGCUGGUGGGAGGGUGUUAUGGAUGGUGUGACUGGACUAUUUCCGGGCAAUUAUGUUGAGCCUUGUGUCUAAAGCACUGCCGUUUAGGUGUUCUACUAUGCUACAAACAUAUAAUUAUCUUUCUCUCUCUCUGACAAUGAGACAUGCCAACCCAUUACAAUAAUACACACACGCCUACAUAAAUUACACUGUGCGACAAGUGAAAGUUUAUGUUGAGAAAUACUUAUUCGCUUGAAACGAGUAUAUAGAGAGAACCUUUUCUUAUCCAUUUCCUAUUCUUUGAAAUUUAAUAGACUCUUUUUCAAUAAUUUUGUUGCACGGUGUAAUCUGGACUAUCCUUCUCCGCAGAUAUUUAGUUUCUACAAAGUUAUAAAGAGUUAUAAAUAUUGAGUAUAUAUACCCCGAUUACAAAGCAUUAUUGUAUAGACUAGGUAAACACAAAAAAAAAGCCACAACCACAAUAAGGAUUUGAGCAUUUUUGAUAUGGAACAUUUAUACAAUUAACAAUGGCACAAUAAAGCCACAAAAGUAUUUCAAUAGCAUAAACUCAAAAAACAUAGACUAAUAUAUACUAAUUGUAGCAUUUUUCAAUUGUUUUUGUUAUAGCAUAUAGUUACAGCUCUUGUAGAACUGCAGCAAUUGUCUAGAUCAAGCAAUAAAUUGACAUCGGAGAACUAUAUGAUGAAUAUGGCUGAUUGCUUCGCAUCGCAUAAUCAUUCCUAAAGCAUUCCACAAGAGUUGUAACGUUAGGGCUUGCAAUGGGAAAAGUGUAUUUUCGUUUCAUAAAUUGUUUAUCAAUUUUAAAAGAAAAUUAUUAGUAGAUAUAUAAACAUUAGCCAAACACAGGCCAAAACAGUUCCCUCCUAUUGAGAAAUGUAUUAACAAUUGCAUCAUGAUUUAAGUUUUUUCCAAAAUAGAUUUUUCUUUCUAAACGUUCUUUUUGCAUUGAUGUGGAAAACUAAUUUAGGCCACAUUCAGUUAACUUGACUUACACAUACUAUAUUUACAUUCUAAACAUAGCUAAAUUUACCAGACACACACAAAUCACUCAAUGAAAAAUUCAAAAUAUAAUCCAUUUUAAUAAAACUCCACUGACCUAGACAAAUUUCAAAUAUUUGCUCGGAAUUUCGUUGUUUGCACACAGUCCUUACGCCCGGCUCCGCCCACUUCAAAGUGGCGGCACCAUCAGCAAUAAUGCCGUAGGUUAUACCAAUUUCAGUUUUAGCAUUUAGUUUAUAAGUAUUGACCAGUUGGGCCUUCUGGCUUUUGUCGAAGUUACUUUCACUUUUCUUUUUAUCUUACUCUUGUUUUUGUCGUUGACAUCAAUACACUUACAUAUAUUAUUUGCCUAUAUAUAAUUUAGUUAAAAUCAAUCAUAUGCAAAUCAAAAAUCUUUAAAAUAUACAAACAUGCAUUUUAUAUAUGGUAUGAAUAGCUAAUAAACAAUUUGAAUUACAUACUA